AUGGACGCAGAAAGUUUUGGUUUUGAGUCCAAGAUGAAGGAUUAUGAAGUAAUAGAAAAUAUUGGAAGGGGUGCUUUUGGAGCUUUAUAUCUUGUGCUCCAUAAAACUGACCAUAAGAAGUACGUUCUGAGGAAAAUUCGCCUCUCGAAGUAUACAGAGAAGUUCAAGAGCAAAGCGUGCCAAGAGGUGGAUUUAAUUGCAAAUCUUCGCCAUCCAUACAUUCUUGAAUACAAAGAUGCUUGGGUGGACAAGGAAAGCUGUAUAUGUGUUGUCACCAGCUACUGUGAACUUGGAAAUAUAUCUGAAAUUAUGAAGAAGGCAAAAAGAGGAUCACAUUUUCCGGAGGAGAAACUGUGCAAAUGGCUAACUCAGUUGUUAUUAGCUAUCGAUUAUCUUCAUUCAAAUCGUGUCCUUCACAGAGACCUCAAGUUGUCGAACAUAUUCAUCACAAAGGAAAACGACAUCCGUCUUGGUGAUUUCGGAUUAGCAAAACUUCUCAAUGAGGAAGGCCUUGCCUCAUCGGUUGAUGGGACUCCCAAUUACAUGUGUCCAGAACUUCUUGCAGAUGCACCAUAUUGCUACAAAUCCGACAUAUGGUCUUUAGGCUGCUGUAUGUUUGAAAUGGCUGCACGUCAACAAGCAUUUCGAGCUCCUGAUAUGGCUGGACUUAUCAACAAGAUAAACCGGUCUUUGAUCUCCCCACUGCCCAUAGUAUACUCUUCCAAUCUAAAACAGAUAAUAAAGAGCAUGCUGAGGAAGAGUCCUGAACAUAGGCCCACGGCUGCAGAUUUAUUACGACACCCGCAUUUGCAGCCGUAUGUCCUUAAAUGCCAUAACCUCUCCACUGUUUUUCUCCCUGUAAAAUCCCCCUCGACAAACAACACCAAGGAUAAAACGGGGAACUCAUCUCCCGGCUGUUCUUCUUGUACAAAAGAGUCGAAAGACCACAAACAGAGACGAACAAAAGUUAAGCAGCAGAAGGAACUUCUCCCAUUAUUUGAUGAAAAUAACCGUGCAACAAGUGCAUGCUAUCCUAACCUACUGGAUGACACUGAUUUCUCGAUAGAUGUCCAUCUUGAGACCAAACGUGUGGACCCCACAAGCUAUUCUGGAAAAAUCUCGAGUGAUGGUGAGGAUUCGAAGAGUAGUGGGGACAGAGCCCGGAUAAUCAAUGGGGAUAUCAAGGGUAAUCCCGUGUUUUCUUCUUUGGAAAGUGGCCCGGAUAAUAAAUGGGGAAACACUGAUGCAGUGAUUGAAAAGGUUGUUGAUUUGGAGCUAGCUCGUCGGGCCCACGUGACCGGGGAAGGAAAGUUGAAAGCAGAGGAUAAUAAUCUCCAGACGUGGGGAAAAGUCGAUAAAGAACCGAGUGUUAAUCUGAGGUUAGAGAAAGCUGAAGCUCUGGAGUCUCUGCUUGAAUUGUGUGCGAAAUUGCUCAAACAGGACAAAUUUGACGAGCUUAAUGGCGUGCUAAAGCCGUUUGGGGAUGAUAUAGUGUCGUCCAGGGAGACAGCAAUCUUGCUGACAAAAAGUUUGAUGAAUGCUCAAAAGAAGCUUGCUAAAGAAACAUAG